AUGCUCCGGGCCGCGUCGGCCGACGGCCGCGUCGCCGACCUGGCCGCGGCGCUGACGUCGUCGGGCCUCAGCGACGUCGACUUCUACUGCCUGUUGGACUACGAGGCGGACCCGGCCCUCAAGGACCCGGCGACCUUCGAGGCCGCGCACGCCGCGGCGCGCGAGGCCGCCAAGCGCGCGCUGCGGCGCGUCGCGCUGCCGGCGUCCUGGUCGUCGCGCGCGGACUCGGGCGCCGCGCUCGCGGCCGCCGCGGCCGCGCUCCUCGGCGAGCUCGAGGACGCGAAGCGCCACUACGGCCUCGACGACCCGCCGUCCCUCGCGCUCGUCGCCGCGCUCGCCGCGCCCGGCGCGCUCGCGGCCGUGCCCUGCGCGCGGCGCGACGUCGACAUCCGCCAGACGGCCGCCGGCGUCGCGCUCCGCUUUUGCGGCGAGUCGCGCGCGGCCUACGUGUCGGACAACGCGUCCGUGGAGCACCGCGACGCGCGCUGCGUGGCCGCCGACGACGUCUGCGCCUUUUCGCUCGUGCGCCUCCUGUGCGGCUUCCGCGUGACGCCCGCGCGGGGCGCGGCCGCGGCCGCGCUCGCGGCGCUCCGGGGCGCGGACGCGAGCUGGGACGAGGACCGCGACGACGGGUCCGUGCUCUGCAAGGGCGAGGGCGUGGAUGUUUCUUUCCCGAAGCGCCUGGACGUGAACCUCGCGCUCUGGGCCGAGGGCGAGCGCGACGCGCCGGGCUCCUUCGUCUCGCGGGCGACGCUCGCGGCGGGCGGGCGCGCGACUUCGAUCCUCUGCGAGUCGCUCGACGCGCUCAUCCUCGAGCAGCGCGAUCUUACGUUCGGGAAGCGCGCCCAGCACCUCGUCAUCUGGCGCGUCGCCAAGUCGGCGAAGCGCCUGCGGCGCCUCGUGGAGCUGUUGGGCGUGAAGCUCUUGGCGGCGCCGGGCUUCGCGCCGCGGACCAAGGCCCAGGCGCUCCGCGUGCUCCACGCGACGCUCGCGGGCUUCUGCGACCGGAGCUUCCGGGCGAGCGCCGCGGCGGACAAGAAGACGCGCAAGUCCGCCGGCGGCGGCGCCGAGCCGUUGCGGGAAGCGAACGGGCCCCCGCGGACGGCCGUCAAGGCGCGGCGGCCCGCGCACCGCGACGCGCACCGGCCGCGCGCGGCCGUGGACGCCGCGGACCGCGUCGGCUUGGACGCCGCGGAGCUCGCGCGCUGCGACGCGCUUUUUGCGGCGGCGCUCGUCGACGCGUCGCUCGUGCGGCCCCUGGAGCACCUCGCGCUCCGCGCCUUCGGCGACGCCGCGGACCUCGCGCUGCCGCCGAACUUCGCCGCCAAGUGGGACGCGGUGUUGGCGCCGUUGGUGUCGCUCGUCGACACGUUCGCGGGCGCCGCGGAGGCCCUCGCGGACGCCAACGCGACGGCCCUCGCGGAGCACCGCCUCUACGACUUCGACCUCGGGACCGCGUGGGCCGCUUAA